CUGAGCAGUCAGGAGGUCCACACAGCUGCAAGAACAUGGCACCAGCGAAGGGAAUCUUGGAGCGUCUUGACGCUGGAGAGAUUGUGAUUGGAGAUGGAGGUUUUGUCUUUGCUCUGGAGAAGAGGGGCUAUGUGAAGGCCGGACCCUGGACCCCUGAGGCAGCCGCCGAACACCCCGAAGCUGUGAGGCAGCUGCACAGGGAGUUCCUGAGGGCCGGGGCUAACGUGAUGCAGACCUUCACGUUCUAUGCCAGCGAUGACAAACUGGAGAACAGAGGCAACAAGCUCACUUUCACCGGAACUCAGAUCAAUGAAGCUGCGUGUGAUCUGGCUCGUGAAGUGGCCAAUGAGGGCGACGCGCUGGUUGCCGGUGGAGUGUCCCAGACCCCGUCCUACUUGAGCUGCAAAAGCGAGGCCGAAGUGAAAGCCAUCUUCAAAAAACAACUGGACGUUUUCAUCAAGAAGGACGUGGACUUCCUGAUUGCUGAGUACUUUGAGCACGUGGAGGAGGCUGUGUGGGCUGUGGAGGUGCUGAAGGAGACUGGGAAACCUGUGGCUGCUUCUCUGUGCAUUGGUCCCCAGGGUGACAUGCACGGCGUGUCCCCCGGAGAGUGCGCUGUCAGGCUGGUCAAGGCUGGUGCUCAGAUUGUUGGAAUUAACUGCCACUUUGACCCCAUGACCUGUGUGGAGGGUGUGAAGAUGAUGAAGGCUGCAGUGGAGAAGGCUGGACUCAAGGCUCACUACAUGGUGCAGCCUCUGGCCUACCACACCCCAGACUGCAGCUGCCAAGGGUUCAUUGAUCUGCCUGAGUUCCCCUUCGGUCUUGAGCCCAGAAUCCUGACCCGCUGGGACAUGCACAAAUACGCCAGGGAGGCCUAUAACGCAGGCAUCCGCUUCAUUGGAGGCUGCUGUGGGUUUGAGCCCUACCACAUCAGGGCAGUGGCCGAGGAGCUGGCACCAGAGAGGGGCUUUCUGCCCACCGCGUCAGAGAAACACGGAAACUGGGGCGCUGGUCUGGAGAUGCACACCAAGCCGUGGGUCAGAGCAAGAGCCCGUCGUAAUUACUGGGAGAACCUGAAGCCUGCGUCUGGCCGUCCCCUCUGCCCGUCCAUGUCCAACCCCGAUGGUUGGGGUGUUACCAAGGGCGACGCAGACCUCAUUCAGCAGAAAGAGGCAACAACUCAGGACCAACUCAAGCAGCUUUUCGACCGAUCAAAGUGCUAAAAAAAAUCUGAUCUCCCUCAACAAGAACUCACCACCAACUCCUAUCAAACCUGUUUACAGCAACAUUAUACUUCGACCUCCAGUGACAACAGCAGCUGGCUUCACAUCUGCACUGUUACAUCAUUUAUGCAAAAACGUAGAAACAUCAUUAACAUAGUAACAGCCAGCCAAGUAAAAUAAUCGGGACCUAUUUGUUUUCAAUGAAUCUGGACCAGUUUGUUUAAUAAAAGAAUUGGAUAUUUGAA